UCGUUAGAUUCUAAAAAUAAAAAGACAAACGCAAAAAAGAAAUGGAUCCAAAAAUACACAAGUCAUUGGGAGCAAAAAUUACCAUGGGUAACAAAAAGUAAGAAAGGAAAGACGUUUGCAUAUUGCAAAAUAUGUGACCUGGAUGUGAGAAGCACCGGUGGAUUAGCCGACUUAAAAAAACAUGGAAAAUCCACAAAACAUAUUAAUAAUAGUGGAAAAUUAAAACUACCAGGUAGUGUGUCUGUGUUGAAAGCAUUGACCACUCAAAAGGAUAAUACUAUAAAUGCAGAAUUGCAGAUUUCAGCUUGGGGUGCGGAACACAAUGUCUCUGCUAGAGAUUUAGAAAGUUUUGUUGAUCUUUCUAAACGCAUUUUUAAAGACUCCGAUAUUGCUCAAAGUUUAAAAUUAGGUAGAACAAAAAUUCAAGCUAUUCAAACCAAUGUUAUCGGUAAAGCUGGACUCGAGGAGCUUCUACAUAUUGUAAAAACUAACUGUUUCAGUUUACUAGUAGAUGAGUCAACAGACCUUUCGGGAGUGAAAUCCUUGGCCAUGAUCUUAAGAGCGAGCAUGUGGCAGAGCGAUCAACUUAUUGUACACGACUUUUUCUAUCAUAUCGAAACGGUAGUGGAUGCGAGCGCGGUUAACUUAUAUGAGAUGAUCAAAAAUAAGUUCGAGUUGGAUGGUGUUCCAUACAAAUCUAAAUUGAUCGGAUUCGGUUCCGAUGGUGCAAAUGUAAUGAUGGGCGCAUAUCACUCAGUGGCUAGCAUGAUUAAGCAAGAUUGCCCGAAUGUCUUCAUUAUAAAAUGCAUAUGCCAUUCCUUAGCUCUUUGCUCUUCAUAUGCUUGCAAACAUAUCCCAUGCACGGUUGAGCAGCUAUGUCGAGAUGUGUAUAAUUUUCUAAGCUCUGGAGGACAGCGUGGGAGUUAUUUUAAGGAACUACAAACAAUCGUCGCACUGAAGCCUCUUAAAAUGCUGCAUCCCUCUGCCACACGAUGGUUAUCGUUGGAAUCAGUAGUAAUACGCAUGUUGGAGAGGUAUGAUGUACUUUUGAUGUACUUCAAUUUUGUUGAUGUUCGCGCCGACAAAUCAACAAAAGAAAAAAUGAACGCGAUCCGGAUAGGUCUGGAAGAUCCAACAGUCAAGUUAUAUCUAACCUUCUUGAAGUAUAUUCUACCAAUAAUCAACCAGAUAAAUAGACUCUUUCAAUCAGAAUCACCUGAACUCUGCCGGCUCCACGGCGACAUUACAAGAUUAUAUCGAACAAUUCUGGACAACUUUUUAACUGCUCAAUAUAUGGACGGUCUUAAAGAUGUAAGCAAAGUUGUGUUCUGCCAGCAAAAUUACAAACCAAUAGAUAAGUUGUACAUCGGCACAGAAAGUAUGCAGCUAAUGGAACAACUCCUACACAACCACAUCAUAAGUCAACAAACAGCAAGGGAGGUCACAACAAAUAUGAUAAAUUUUUAUGUAACAUUAUGUAACCAAAUCACAAGCCGUAUCGAUUUAAGUGAUCCUAUUCUUAUUCAUUUUGCGAUAUUGGAUCCAAAUCAUGUAGCAAACAGGAAAUUUGAGGCAAUCUACCCAUUGCUAAAAAUGUUCCCUAACUUGAUAUCAGAAGCAGAGCUACAAGUCGCCGAUAUGGAGUAUCGGGAAACAAGGAACAUAGGGUUAAAGGAUUUCCAACCAGAGGAGUUGACUUCUAGUGUAGCUUUUUGGAAUAAAUGCUUAAUCGUACGGCGCUCUGAUGGAAAUUUUGCAUUUCCUGUACUGCGAAGAGUCGUACCUGCUUUGUUAUCUCUUCCACAUUCUUCGGCUUGCGUGGAAAGACUUUUUUCCCAGUAUAAUCUUAACAAAAACAAACUAAGGAAUCGUUUGUCACCCGAGGUAUUGGAAGGAUUAUUGGCUUCCAAAGAGUAUGUAAAGUUACAUAAAACAUCAAAUGGAGACAUCGAAAUCACCAGCGACAUGAAGAAGAAGUUAAACAGUAACAUGUAUAACAUGAAAAAUUGGUAAGAUGUUUAAAAGAAUAUAUAUUAUGGAUUGUCAUUCCAUUAACUAAACUGAGCUCUCUUAAAAAAAUUGCAGAAAUCCGCGAGCAAAAUUAGCCAAAAUGCUAAUCCUUAGAGUUUGAAAAGUCUCAAACAGGUCAUAAACGUUUCUGCUAUUAAUCUGGGAAACUGAGAACUAUGGUUUACAUUCAAG